AUGCAGAACAGGGGUAGUCUAAUCCUCUGUUCCCUCUCCCUCCUCGCAGGCUUUCUGAUGAUCUGCUUGGGGGGCUACUUCAUCUCCAACUCUGUCAUCCACUCUCAGAGGAAUCUGGUCAUGGCCUAUGUGCUUCUGCCUAUGGGGUUUGCGAUCCUCCUGAGUGGAAUUUUCUGGGCCACUUACCGCCAAGCAAAUGAAAACAAAGAGAUGUUCAACCGAGUGCUGAGACAGCACCUUGCAUCCCAGGACCUGCCCCUGGCCACAGUCGACAGGCCCGACUUUUAUCCCCCGACUUAUGAAGAAAGCCUGGAUGCUGAGAAACAGGCCUGCCCUGCAGGCAGAGGCCUCCUGGGAUUUCCUCCUCCUCUGUAUUCAGCAACAAACCUGGACCUUGAAGAUGAGGAUGACCCGCGACCUGAGGCCCCACCACCUUACCAGGAGUGUAUGGCAGAUGCAAUAGUGCCAGCAAAGGCACAGGAUGCUGAGGGACCAAGCACAGUGCCAAGGGCAGGGCCUGCUCUCCAGCCCUCUGAACUCACCAGCUGCUGA